CUCCUCCCCUCUCUCUCUCUCUCUCUCUCUCUCUCUCUCUCUGCAGAGGAGGCGCAGGUUAUUAUCCUACACCAUCUCUCUUUCUCGAUCCGAUCUCGAUCUCCAGGUACGCCUCUCUAAAUCAUGUACUUUUAAUUUCUCCUUCUCUGAUUCAAUCAAUAUCAUCAGAUCCGUCCAUAUCGAAAUCCAAAAAACCAUGAAUUCCAGACCCAACUCUUCCCAAACCCCAUCCUCCUUCAACAACUACCAAUUCGAUUUCGGCCUCACCUCAAACCGCUCAUCCUCCACCGUCCGACCUCUCAAAGAUCAAAAGAAUCCACCCCUUAACACGCCCCAUUCCUUCUCCACAUCAUCAUCAUCAUCUAGACCGGUCUCCUCCUCCUCCUCCUCGUCGUCGUGGGCCCCAAACAAACCCGCAUGGACACACCAACCAUCUCCGGCUCACCAACCGAAACCCACCCUCUCGAACCCGACUUCCAUGGUCGGUGACAUCUUCGGCAAGAGCUGGGCUUCCACCGGCCCGUCUGGCUCUGUGACCCAUCUCGGAAUUCCCGCGAAGAACCCAAAUCUGUUUGGCGAUCUUGUUGGUACAGCCCUUGGGCAAGGUAAGGCAGCCGUGAAUGCCCCACUGAAAGAUGCCGGCCCUCCCAGGAAUUCAUAUUCAAUGGGGAAUCUGGCAGAUACGCUGCCGAAAUCGAAUGAUCCAAAUAAAAAUAGCGGUUGGGGAUCCUCCGAGAAUCUGGGCAACUAUAGUUCUGUGAGUAAUGAUAAGAGGAGCGGGAAUUUUGCCGGUCCUGCUAUGAAAUCCGGUGGAUCAACAAAUUCGAGCAAGGACCCGUUUGAGUCUUUGGCAGAUCUCGGAUCGAAAAAGUCACAGCCCAUGAUGGGAAAUUCUUCACUCAGUAGGAAUAGCAGUGGCGAUGAAUAUUUCAGUGCAUUUCAAAAUGCCCCGAAAACAACAAAUUCAAUUCCAACUCCUCCCAUGAACAAUACCAACGUAUCAAACUCUGGUUCUUUUCCAAAAAUGGAUGAUUUUGGUAUGCCGAAGACCCAAGAUAAGCAGCCUGUUGCUCCCCAAUCGAAGGGCAUUGAUCCCCUCGACAUGUUAUUUUCAUCAUCGGCAUCUGCUUCUGCUUCCACAGCUGCAGCUGAAGGGUCUGGAAAUCAGCCAUUUUCUGAGGUCGAUGAUUGGGGUCUGGAUUCGGAGUUUGGUGGUAAUGAUGCGGGCGGUACAAUUGAGCUUGAAGGGCUUCCACCCCCACCUGCUGGGGUGACGGCUUCAAUCGCUAAAAAUAAGGGAUUGGAUAAUCACAAGCAGGGGCAGUAUGCUGAUGCUAUAAAAUGGUUGUCUUGGGCGAUAGCGCUUCUUGAGAAAGCUGGUGAUGAGUCUGCAGCUGUAGAGGUUUUGUCCUGCAGGGCUUCAUGUUAUAAGGAAGUUGGGGAAUAUAAGAAGGCAGUCAGUGACUGUUCAAAGAUACUUGAAAAUGAUAGCGCAAAUGUGUCGGUGCUACUUCAGCGUGCGCUUUUGUAUGAAAGUUCUGAGAAAUACAAACUUGGGGCGGAGGAUCUGAGGGCAGUUCUGAAGAUUGAUCCAAGUAACAGGCUUGCAAAAAGCACCAUCCAUCGGUUGGCUAAGAUGGCGGACUAGAUUUUUUUGGUGUUAUUUCUUUCAGUAAUAAUUCUUUUGUCUUUUCUUUAGGCAUGUGGUGCAUAUGAAAUGCAUCUUGUUUCCCUUUUCCUAUAGCUUGUAUGUGUGGGAAAUAACCAUUUUAUUGCUCAGACAUGGGUUAUGCAUGGGACCCUUUUGCCUUCAAGGAAAGAUUUUACUUGUAAUGUCAUGAAUGUUGUAUUCAACUUGUAUUGUUGGCUUUGUCGGUUCUGUUGGUGAUUGCACAUUCGAUUGUUCUUUUUGACACGUGUAUAAUUCAAUUUCAGUUUAUAAGUU